UCAGCACCUUCGUUCGCCCUGUCACUCCGCGGACCCAGCUCUAUGGCGGCGCUGCGAAGUCUCUUGAGCUGGCGCCGUUGCCGUCUCCCCGCCGAGGCGGCCCCUCGCCGGCCACUGUGGGGCUUGAAGGCCGCCGGCUCCGGCCGCGAGGGGACUCCGAGCGGGUUGAGCAUCGCGGCCGCGGGGGCUGCCGGCGGGGCGCUCGCUUGGCUCGCCUGCUAUCACUACUACGACCGCCGCCCGCACCAGUCGCCCCCCGCGCUGGGGCUCGGAAGCCGGAGGGAGCGAGGAGAAGCCGGGGCGCCGAGCCAAAGCCGCGGACUUCAGCCCAUCCCUGUGGCGGCCGCUGCCAAGGAGAUGGUGGUCACAGAAAACAGACCAGAUCAUGAAGAUUUAGAGCUUUAUGCAACUUCCCGAGAGCGGCGGUUUCUAACAUUUGCCAGUUUAAAAUUUGAAGGGCAGCUAUUUAUGACGCCAUAUGAUUUCAUCCAGUCUGUUUCAAGUGAUGAACCAAGACAGACAAAACAGUGGAAGACACCAUCAAAACAGGAAUUGAAUCAGAUACUUAUUGAAACUCCACCAGUUUGGAAAGGAUCAUCAAAGCUCUUCAGGAAUCUCCAAGAAAGGGGUAUAAUUUCUUACACGGAAUAUCUCUUUUUACUAUGUAUAUUAACAAAACCACACGCUGGUUUUAGAAUAGCAUUCAACAUGUUUGACACAGAUGGAAAUGAAAUGGUGGACAAAAAAGAGUUCUUAGUGCUGCAAGACAUAUUUAGGAAGAAAAAUGAGAAGAAAGAAAGAAAAGGAGAUGAAGAAAAGCGUGCAAUGCUGCAACUCCAGCUUUAUGGGUAUCACCGUUCUACUAAUGUGCUCAAAACAGCUGGAGACGAUCUUUUUCCAAGAAGCUAUUGGGACACUCUGAGACGUAGCACAAGUCAGGCUCUCUUUUCAGACCUCGCAGAGCGUGCAGAUGACUUUACCAGUUUACAGUCUGAUACUACAUUGCUGAUACAUUUUUUUGGAAAGAAAGGAAAGGCCGAGCUUAACUUCGAAGAUUUUUACAGGUUUAUGGACAACCUCCAAACUGAAGUUCUUGAGAUAGAAUUCCUUUCCUAUUCUAAUGGAAUGAACACCAUCAGUGAGGAAGACUUUGCUCAUAUACUAUUAAGAUAUACAAAUGUGGAAAAUACAUCAAGCUAUCUGGAAAAUGUGCGCUGCAGUAUCCCAGAAGAACAAGGUAUUACAUUUGAUGAAUUUAGAUCCUUUUUCCAGUUUUUGAACAAUCUGGAAGAUUUUGCAAUUGCAAUGCAAAUGUACAAUUUUGCAAAUCGUUCAAUAGGACAAGAUGAGUUCAAGCGUGCAGUAUAUGUGGCUACUGGUUUGAAGCUUUCACCUCAUUUAGUGAACACAGUUUUCAAGAUCUUUGAUGUAGACAAGGAUGAUCAACUGAGUUAUAAAGAAUUUAUUGGUAUUAUGAAAGACAGAUUGCAUCGAGGAUUCAGAGGUUACAAAAGCAUACAGAAAUAUACCACUUUCAAAUCCUGUAUGAAGAAGGAACUAAACAGCAGACAAUGAAAGACUUCGCAAUGGGUUGAAGACCUACGGUGUUUGCAUCAUGACUGUAAUAGGGAAGCACUUUGUAAAGCUUUGGAAGCACUUUCUGAACUGAAAUAUGCUAAAGUGAAUGCCAAGUCACCACUACUUUUGAUCAACAUUAAUGUUUUUCCUUUUUCUUUUGCAAAGUGACCUCAGACCAAACAUUUUUCAGAUGAAACAGUAUCUCAAAAUUCUGGACUAUAAUUCUUAAAGCACUCUACCUGUAUGAUUCAAAAUAUGACUCAUCUGCUUUUCCUGGAAAGGAUUCAUGUGUAUAUUUUUUAAUGUGUAAUGUAGUUUUUGACUGGUCAUCCGCAGAUUUUCACUCACUUUCACUUUCUUCCACCAGACUAGAAUUAUGAUUUAAUGUUUUUCCCCAGUGUCAUAUUUCAAUCAUAUUGAGACUAUGCUAGUAGAGAAAAUGGAAAUGUAAGUCAUUAAAUCAAAAAGUGUUUGCAGUUACAUGUGAAAAUGCUUUAAAAGUUUUUCAGUGCAGAAAGGGCACAGCAAUCGCAUGAUUUGUGCAUUCAUUACUACAUUUACCUAGGAGUAUUUUUUUAGCAGGGUGAGACUGUUUCAUUUAAAUUCAUUUAAAUGGUUAGGAAGUCCAUAAAAUACAGAUAUAUUUAGUAUUGUAUUUAUAAGUGUAGUUUAUUUACUCAUGCCAUUCCAUUUUUGUAGUUUAUUCCUUAUGCUGAUUAAUGUGCCUAUACUAAUUAUAAUUAUAGAAGAGAAAAUAUUUCUUUCUAGAGUUAUCACAGGAAUAUAUAUUCAAAGUAUGAAAUGAGGUUCAUUUUUAAACAAAAUCUUAA